AUGGACACCAAAUUUUUCUAUGGCAGAGGAAAGGGUAGCAAAGCUGUGGUCCCCCUUGAUCCAGAGGAGUCAGACAUAGAGGACAGUGAUGAGGACUUGGAUGACCCUGACUAUGUGCCAAGGCACACAGGUGACACAGUUGAAGAGUUACCAAUCCCUGAGCUUAGUGGCCCUGAUACACACUCAGACAGUGCCCCCAGGAGAAAGGUAGCCAAAAAUCAGCUUGUGCAGGUCGCAGAUCAGGAUUCUGUUACCCCCAAAAGUGCUGAGAAAAGAAAAUUGUGGAGAAAAGUGGAUAUCACUUCAGUCAAGUUUCCAGAGCCUAUACCCCCAGAAAUCAUUAAGGUUCAGACACCAUUAUUUUACUUUUCCAUGCUAUUUACUGAUGAAAUGGUGCACCACAUAUGUGAGCAGACAAACCUCUACUCAGCUCAACAGCUUGGAUUUCCCAUUAAAACAAAUCCAAAAGAGAUUCAAGAGUUUUUAGUCAUAUUGCUAUACACAGGUGUGUUCCCAUUCCCGUCCCUGGAGGAUUACUGGAAGCCAGAGAGCCGCUUUGCUCUGGUUGCCGACAUCAUGCCACUACGCAGGUUCCGGGCACUGCGCAGGUUUAUCCACUUUGCUGACAAUGCAGACUGUGGAAACACUAUCGACAGGUUCUAUAAAAUCAGGCCCAUUUUUGACAUGUUGAGAAGACAGUGUCUUCUCCUCCCAGCUGACCAAAAACAAAGUAUCGAUGAGGUCAUGGUUGCCUACAAAGGCACAAGAGCAGGAAAUCUCCGACAAUACAUUUCCAGCAAGCCAGAUAAGUGGGGAUUUAAACUAUUUUGCCGAGCUAGUUCCACUGGGAUUGUACAUGAUUUCAUUUUGUACCAGGGAAAGACAUCCUUUUUCAAUGUCCCACAGUCAGAAGCUGAGCAGUCCAUGCUCAUGGGGGAAAAAGUUGUGACCACACUCUGCAGAACAGUGGAGGAACCAGAGUCAACAGUUGUCUUUUGUGACAACUUUUUCACAAGCUUCAACCUUGUGCAACUUCUGGAGGCCACCACUGGGAUAAAGUGUUUGGGCACUGUGAGGAACAACCGGAUGUCAGGAGCAGAGAACCACCUGAAGAGUGACAAGCAGUUGUCAAAAGAAGGAAGGGGAGCAUUUGACUACUGCUGCUCAGGGGGAAUUGUUGCUGUAAAAUGGCGUGACAACAAAUGCGUCACUCUCCUCAGCAACGCAUGUGGGGUGGAGCCAGUUGGUGAGGUCACAAGGUACAGCAAGGAGGCAGGGAGGAAGAUACCAGUCUCCUGCCCUGCAAUAAUAAAGGCCUACAAUGAACAUAUGGGAGGUAUAGAUUUAUCUGACAUGCUUGUGCAUCUCUAUAAGACUCCCAUGAAAUCACGACGCUGGUACCUACCCCUAUUUGGCUACAUAUUGGAUGUGUCAGUCUCCAAUGCCUGGCUGCUGUACAAGCGAGACUGCCGCAUGCUGCAAGAGAAGCCCAUGCCACUCAAGAGAUUUAGAACAACUGUGGCCCGCACCCUGGAAGGCAUCCACAAAACCCCGGCCCGAGUUGGUAGACCACUCUCCUCCUCACCUCCACCAGAGAGACCACCACAGAAGCGCAAAAGGGAUGCUGCACCCGUUGAUGGUGUCCGCUAUGACAGUUUUGGCCACUGGCCAGCCUGUGGCCCACAGCGAGGGCGAUGCAAACUCUGCCCAAAGGGGGUGUCACGGUGGAAGUGUGCAAAGUGCGGAGUCUUCCUGUGUCUAAACAGCACACAGCAGUGCUUUGUCACGUAUCAUCUCAAAUGA